GCCCGAAGCACGGGAGCAUCCUUGCCUCUGCUGAGCCUGACAAGAGCUUCCCAAACCGUCACGGUGACUACGGGAUACGGUCCGUCUCGGCUACGCGAUCCAACUCCCCAGACGCCCGCCCAAGUUUCGGGGCAUCCUCUCAACCUCAGCAGAGGCAAGGAUGCUCCCGUGCUUCGGGCCGAGGUCACCACCCCUCUGGUGAGGUUUUACAGCCCCGUACUUCAUCGUCCCCAAAAAAGCGGGGGUCACUAGAUCUGCGUACCCUGAACAGGCACCUACUCAAGCUGCCAUUCAGGAUGCUCACGCAGAAGCGCAUCCUGGCAUCUAUUAGAUGUCAAGAUGGAUUCAUGGCAAUCGACCUGAAAGACGCUUACUCUCAUGUCUCAAUUCUCCCUCGUCAUCGCCCGUUCCUACGGUUCGCUUUCGAGGGUCAGGCAUAUUACUACAGAGUCCUCCCUUUCGGUCUGUCCCUGUCCCCACGAGUCUUCACGAAGAUCGUGGAAGCCGCCCUCACUCCCUAAAGAGUCUAAACUAUCUCGACGACUGGCUCAUUUGACACACUCGCGAGACCUGUUAUGUACACACACAGGGACCUAGUGCUUCGGCACCUAGAUCGAUUGGGACCACAGGUCAACCGAGAAAAGAGCAAGCUCUCCCCGGUGCAGAGCAACCUCUUUCUGGUAUGGAACUCAACUCUGUCUCCAUUACAGCGCAACUGCGCUCAGUCAGUGUUGAACUGCCUGGAAUAUUUCAAGCAGUCAGCGGGCAGAGGCUCCUGGGCGCAUGGCAUCCUCGACGGUGGUGAUACCCCUCGGGUUGAUGCACAUGAGACCGCUCCAACACUGGCUACAGAGUCGAGUUCCCAGGAGAGCGUGGCACACCGGCAGCAGGCGGAUGGUGAUUACGCCUCUCUGCCGACGCACCCUAACCCCUUGGUCUUCAAUGACCUUUCUACGGACGGGGGUCCCUCUCGGGCAAGUCGAGACACGUCAUGGUGACGACAGACGCCUCCCUGCAGGGUUGGGGUGCCGUGUGCAACGGGCACGCAGUGUCGGGGCGAUAGACAGGCCCCCGCCUGCACAGGCAUAUCAACUGCCUAGAGUUGAUGGAUGUGCUACCCGCACUGAAGGGGCUACAACCUCUCAUGCAGGACAAGCACAUGCUGGUCCGGUCGGACAGCACAACUGCCGUAGCGUAUAUAAACCGCCAGUGUGGCGUUCGCUCACGGCAACUAACACAACUCGCCCGAAGCCUCCUCCUGUGGAGUCCGCAGGUGAGCAGAUCCCUGCGAGCCACACAUAUCCCAGGCGACCUGAACCAGACAGCCGAUGCGCUCUCUCGUCAGUUGACGCCUCGUGGAGAGUGGCGACUCCACCCCCGCGCAGUCCAGCUCAUUGGGUACAGUUCGGGCGGGCUCAGGUAGACCCCUUCGCCUCCCUGGACACCACCCAUUGCCUGCUAAGGUACCCCCCGUACCCUCUUGUGACUUUGAUGCGGUCCUGGAGCCCCUCGGAGAUGCCGCUCUUUCUCACCUCACGAUGAAGACGGCUCUCCGGAUGGCGCUCAAGAGGGUAACGGACCUACAAGCAUUCUCCGUGUCCACAGAUUGCCUAGAACUCGGGCCCGGUGAUUCUCACGCUAUCCUGAGACCCCGGCUCGGCUACGUGCCCAAAGUUCCCACCCCUCCCCCUACACCAGGUGGUGAACUUACAGGCGCUCCCCACUGGGGAGGAAGACCCAACCCCUUCCGUGUUGUGUCCAGUAUGCGCAUUACGCCUCUGCUUGGACCGCACGCAGAGCCACAGGAGCUCUGAGCAGCUCUUUGUCUGUUUUGGAGAUCAGCAGGGAGGGCUGUCUCAAACAGAGAAUGGCGCACUGGAUCAUGGACGCCGUCACUAUGGCGUACCUGUCCUAAAAUCGCCUACGCCCACUGGGUGAGAGCUCUCUCCACACGGAGUACAGCCUCCUCGUGGGCACUGGUUCGAGGCGCCUCUCUGGCAGACAUCUGCAGAGCUGCGGGUUGGGCUACACCCAUCACCUUCGCGAGGUCCUACAGCCUCCGCGUAAAACCGGUAUCGGCUCGAGUCUUGCAGGCAUCAGGCAAGACUGGCGGCCGGUAGGGUGUACGCCUAUGACAGUACCUUCCACCCUUUCUUCUAGGUGGGUCAGCGUACUAAACUAGCCUCCCUUCUUCCCCCACUGGGUGAAGAACAGGCACUCCAUCCAUCACUAAGCAAGCACCUCCUGCGGGCAGGCUGGGCAGAGCAGCCCCGCCCCUUAGGCCGGGUACCAACUGAGUUAUCCACAACAUAGUGCUACCGGACGUUGUAAUCCCCCAGCAGGGCGGUUCCGUCUGAUGUAUCUUCAUGAUUGGUUCCCACCUUGGCAACCCAUGACCUUCCCUAGGUGGACCUCCACCUCGCGGUUAACUCCUUCAGUCCACACAUUCUUCCCAUGAGUUCUCCCCCAUCGGUGAGACCAUGUUGGUAUCUCCACUAAACUCCUCCCUCCGGUAGGAAGUGGUCUCUGUAGCGCAUCCCCCGCUUGAGGAAGUAGCGCUUACCCAGUGGCCUUAUGGUACCAGGCGGCUUCUCGCUGCAGAAACAAGGCCGCCACCUGUGAGUCUGAAGGCAGGGGCCUUCCCACCUUUCAAGUAAAGCUCUGGGACCCCCUACCUACCUACUGGUAAGUUACAAUUUCGCGGUAGCGCUCACGGCUGACACGCCCAGGCCAGUCAACGUCGCUUCGCUAGAGAUUGUGACAGGGCACAGUGUUGUGGCAUUUUCCAUAGGAACCCCAUCUGUCGGCUCGACACAACGUCGAGAGACCGACAGAAAGGGUACUUCUCGGUUACGGCUGUAACCUCAGUUCCCUAAUGGAGGGAACGAGACGUUGUGUCCUUCUUGCCACAACACGUGCUGCCCACUGCAGCAGUCGUGAGAGGUCUCAGGCUCCUCAGAACUAAGGUGAGUGAAUGAGGCACGCCGUCUCCCUUUUAUACCCGGAUAUCCGGGGGCGGAG